CUUACAGCAUUCAAAUUGCAUUUAAGAUGAAAGGGCUUCAACCUUAAAUGUUUGAGUCAGUUUGACUUAGAUGACCCAUGAGCUCAGCUCUGAUGGAUACUGUCAUGGAUGGCGAAGCUGUAGGAAACGGUGACAAUGGCAAUGAUUGUCUUCAGAACUUUAACUGGUGUACAUCUAUUAUAAUUUUUCCAUCUGAUUGGCUUCAGGUCUUAUUUUUCACAUGUAAACAAAUAAAUGCCAUGUUUUGCUUGUAUUACCUUAAUGGUUAUGUCAUUUGCCAGUACAGUGCCACUGCAUGCAUUCUGAACUCUUGCUAUCAGCAACAACUUUUAUUUUGACUGCUUUCAUCCUCCCUUUAGUGUUGAUCAGCAAAUACCAAAUCAAACAGAACAAAUGGCCACGAUAUGCUUGACUGUAAGUAAAGAAAUGUAAAGGGAGUUUGAUAGAUGUUACAAAAAAUUUGUGGCAAGUAGGUUUUGGAUGGAGGGAAUUAAGGCCCAACGACUCAAUAAUAUCACUAAAUAGAAUCCACUGUGGCCAAUUGUCUUUACAAGUCACCUAUAGUAUCUAGAGUCCAUCUGUGUGUAAUAUAACCUCAGUAUAAAUUCCGCUUUUCUGCCAAUGCCUCAGAGGUUUGUUGGAGAUCAUUGCUCAACAGAAAAAAGCUACAUGAAGAGCAAUGAACACACCAGAUGGGUCAGGAAUGAAGUUGCAGAGAACUUUAAGCAGGGAUAGGUUAUAAAAAAUGGCUCCCCAGGGUUAGGAAAGAGUACAACACAGCUGCAAAACUACCAUGACAUGGCCAGUAAUGCAAAGUAACAAGCCCGGUCAGGAGAACAUUACUUAGAGAAGUUGCUGGGAGGCCCAUCUGGAGAAGCUGCAGUGAUCCACAAGUCAAGUUGGAGGACCUGUUGAUGGGACCACUGUUAGCCAGACGCUCUAAUAAUCUGGCCUUUAGCGUUGAACAAAAAUCAUAUAAAUUCCCAUUAAAAAAAAAAUGCCACAAGCCAUAAGGAACAGAGCAAACGUGGAAAAAGUUGCUCUGGUCAGAUGGGGCUAAUGUGACUCGGCAAAGCAAAAGUGAUGCGUAAACAUACAUAUCAGGCCAAUAAAAUACAUUAAUGUUUGUGGUUGUAAUGUGAAAAGUAAAAGGGGUAUAAAUACUUUUGUAAGCCCCUGUACAUUCAUAAAUGUGUAUACAUUCUUUGUUGUACUGAUCUAAAGUAGUUCCAUUGUUUCUCUUAGAAACAAACACAUUUGGUUAGAUGGUUUGUUGCAUAUUAAAUAGCAUUACAUUCAGUUACUCUAUUAUUUAAUGAUUUCCACAAAAUAGUUUAGGACAAGUAGUUUCAGUUUAUUGAUAUUGGGCUAAUUCGCAACAAUUUUUAUUUCUUGCACUUUACAAGAAAAACAGGUCCAAUUCAAACUGAAUUAGAAUCCAACCAGGACAGAUGUAUGAACAAGGUGUAUAUUCCAGAUAGAGGAAGUUCUGAUAUAUUUCCGAUAUAUGUUUUGCAAAUAACCAAUGGCCACAAUGCAUAGGAAACCGCAGAGCUCACCAAAACAGCUGAGCUAGUUCGACUUUGUGAAUCCCACAUGCAGGCCCUCUGGGUAAAAAUGAAGUUGCGCUGGUCCUUGAAACCUCUGUGUAGCUGCAGUCUAGUCUGCCUGGUUUCCCUCAUUGUAUUAUUCAACAUGUUCUCCUCCAGCCAACUAAAUAAGUUAGCAGCCCCAGUUAAACUGGGAUAACCAGAGAUGCCUCAGGUCAGCACUGUUAGUGUUGUCUUCUCAACUUACUGUACUGUUACCUGUUGGUGAACAGUAAACCCUCAAGGAAUCUAGUGGUUGUUUUUUCUGAAACUUCUUUUGCCCCUUUGUCGUUGAAAAUUAAUUUUUUUCCACAUUUUUGUUUUCCCUCUGCAUUUGUUCUUAGGUUCUGUCUCACUUCAAAGGUCUCUCUUCACAAGGUAAAGGCUAGAAGACAGACACCAUUUCUGUCUCUCUCUUUCUGUGCAUCUAUGUCAAGUUAACAAAAUAGUAUUUUCCCAUCUAAUUACCACUGUGCCCCAGACAUGCUUCCUGUUUCUCUGUCUGCUUUUCCCUGCUGCUGGCCCAGCCAGGUCACCUUUAGAGAAUAGUGUUUUUCCCGUCCCUGCCCAGGCCAGCUGUUUCCACUGCAUGCAGUUUUCCAGUCGGAAGCUGAAGCUAUCACCUCCCAACAGGUCCCUGCUGGUGUUGUUGUACAGCAGUGGGAUGGUCCAGGAUCCACCAAAGCUCCGCUACGCCUCCACCCGAGCAAAAUACACAGAGAGAGGUUACAGUGCAUGUGCUAAUGUAUUAACAGAGCAAAGUUUUGCUUACCUUCAUGUGUGGACUUGAGGGAGAUACAAACCGAGGCUGAAAGAGAGAGACGGAUGGGAUUUCAAACACUGUCUGUGCAGUGUUUGUUGAAGAGCAGCUGUUUCUUCCUGUCCUGCUGCUUAGUUUUUCCUCUGUGCCUCCAUCUCUGCUGACCAUGAAUGGCCCAAAAACACAACUCACAGCCCACAUUACUUCCUUUAGACAACUGCUUCAAGAAAAGAACACAAUAACAGAGAGAGUAGAAGGAUACUGUUAGGUGGUUUUUGUUGAUGGAGUAUAUAGUCUCUGUCCUUUCCAGUAAUCUGCUUUACAAACGUAUUUCCUCAUGAUUAAAGACAGGAAAAUUGAACUGACCAGGGUAAUUCUUCAGUAUUUCUGAGAUUUGUUCAGGAAAUAUCCCUUAUUUAUGCAGCAUACCAAGCCCAUACAAGAUUUGAGGCUUGACUUGGACUCCUGGUCUCAGACUCGAGUCUUAUUAACAGUUUUUAUCUUACGUAAAUUAAGAGAGAAAGGGAGCCGGUAUGAGAGCUACAGACUGCAACUGAUGUGCAUGUUUUACUGUGAAAGGAUGAGCUUGAUUAUUAGCCAGUGACAUUGGUGGAUUAUGGGAUGUUAAUGGCUCAUGAUAAUCUGUUCAUGUUAGCUUCACAAUAAUGACCACAUGAAUGUCUCUCCAACUGAGCGCCAAAAUAAAGACACUUCUUGUUCUGUUUAUCGAAACAUUUUAAAGGUAUUAUUUCCGGGCACUAAUGUUCUUUAUUUUUCAAAUUUUUCAAAAGUAAGUUAACAGGAAAUAGGGUGCAGAGAGCGGUGGAAGGGUAUGCAGUAAACCUCAGCGGGCCGGGAUUUAAUCCUGUGACAGCCUGCGCUGAGGAUUAAGGCCUCAAUUUUCAAAAUAAUAUAAAUCAGCUUUUAGCAGAUUUUUGGAUAUGAAAUCCAGGUAUGGAAUCCUAACCUAUGGUGAUGUAGGGUUAGAAGAGACUUAGAUGUUGUGGAUUUGAUGUGAGAAUGUUUGUUUCAAUCACUUGAGACGGGACUCUGACUUGGGACAAAAGACUUGAGACUAAACUUGGACUUGCUUCUCAAAAACUUGAGACUUGGAAAAAAGCACUUGUGAACAUCUCUGAUACAAGGUCAAAUAUAUAAAGGCAAUGUGUCCAAUAUUUAAUUAAUUGGUGGUCAGCACGUUUCACCCUGACCACCAGUGAUCAACCUUAUUCUGGUCUACUUCUGUCUGGAUGUUUGACUACUCUUCUUAGCAGAAUUUGUGGAAUUUAUUUUAAAUUGGCUGCUUUCCUUUCACCAGCCCAGUGUGGUUCAGGUCUCUGGAAAAACCAAUCCGGAAGCGUAAUGCUAUCCUGUUUUAUUUAUUCCAUAACCAUUUUUGAUGUGUGUUUGAGACCACUGUCCAAUGAGAGCACCUAAAUUUGUGUCCAAAUUCUCCCAGCUAGACGUUACUUUAAGGUGAAAAUGGGUUUGAAGGUAGUCUGUAUUAUUCAAUCCACUUAGUGUUAUAUAUUAGUACCAACAGCAGUGAAACAGACCCAUAGCAUGAUGCUGGCACCAUUAUGCUUGACAGUUGUUACAAUGUUAUUAGGUUGGUAAGCCUAACAUCAUGAUGAUUGAUGAUUGAUAUGAUAAAUCCUCCAAAAACACAUGUUGUCACUGUGGUCUAAUAGCCUAAUGUUCUCAUAUUAUUUGUUGCUUCUAACCGUUAAAAGUUUCAGCUGCACAUUUCAGCUGAAAUUUAAGGUGUUGAUUUGCAAGUAGGGCCUUCAUUCUUGUUCUGCACCCUUUCAGUCCAAGAUAUAAGCUCAGACUUGAACAUUAUAUGUACAUAUGUGUUCAGCAAACUUAUGGAAUUUUAAAUAUUUUAAUGGUUCAGAAAAAAAUUAACUACAUUUGUUGAUAACAAUUUGCUUUUGUGAAUAAAAGCAUCUGAAACUCUGGGAGACUCCAGACUACAUGUUCUUGAAAUUAAUUGUUCCUGUAAUGUUCCUCCAUAGAAAGUUCAGCACAGUGCAAACAUCUUGAGUAAUUUCUCAUUCAUCCAGAUUCUGCUACCAAUGACUUGAUCUUCAACAAUAGUCUUCAACAUUUUUUUCUCAGGACUUCGCAUGGCUUUUUUUUUAUUGGGCAUCAACUGCUCCUUUCAUCUACUUUCAGUCUAUUUCUUGUACCUGGCUAUUUUUAGAGAAAAAAACUUUUAGUUUAUCAGACCAAUUAACUCUGACCUAUAAAUCAUUAAGGCAUAACAGAUCUCCUAAAGUGAAGGGAUAAUUUUGUGUUAUUGCUUCCAAAUUUCAACGUUUUGGUCAUGUUGUUUCUACUGUUUAAAGUCCUUUUAAUGGCAGAGAAAAUGCCAGAGUGACUAAUGUUUUCUUUGAGAGCCAUAGAGUAGUUCAGUGCUCCCCUCCCCUACCUGUUGCUCACUGCCGCUGACACCUGAUUGAAAGAAGGUAGCUACUUUUAAUUUCCUUACAAGAUUGGAAAACCAGAAACUGUUAUGAUGUGAAAAAUAAAGGCGCACCAGCAACCACUGUUUUUAAAGAUAACACUGUUAAACCUGAGAAACUUCAAGAGGCAUAUUAGGCAUGUCUGAAUGCAGGCUCCACCCGAGCAGACAGCCUGACCUAAUAUCUGCUUGUUAGACACAUUUUGACACACACACAGACACGUUUUAUGUUAAUACAGUAAUACUAAUCCUAAUGGCGUUGGUAGAUUCAUGGAAUCCUCCGUUUGUUUUGCUUCGAGGGAAGGUGACAAAAGAAACGCGACUCUAUCCUUUUUGGCCGCUGUCGCGUUCCGUCUCAUCCACCGUCCUGUACAUACCAAAGUUCAUGUGUACCCUGGUUAAUACUUGACUGGAGGAUCCUCCGCUGCUCCCCCUCAUGGCAGAGGUUUAUUAUGUUGGGGUGGAUGUGGGCACUGCCAGUGUGAGGGCUGCACUAGUGACCAGAGAUGGACUCUUGAAGACCACUGCAGAGGAACCCAUCACCAUCUGGAAGCCCCAGCCAGAGCACUAUGUCCAAUCCUCUACAGAGAUAUGGCAGAAAUGCUGCACCGUGGUUAAGGAAGUUACCAGUGGAGUGCAGAGAAGCCAGGUUCGUGGCAUUGGAUUCGAUGCUACCUGCUCUCUUGUGGUUUUGGAUAAAAACUUCCAGCCUUUGCCAGUAACUCAGGAGGAUGAUCCACAGAAGAACGUGGUGAUGUGGAUGGACCAUCGUGCUGCAGAGCAGGCAGCUCGGAUAACAAACACUGGACACAGGGUCCUGAGCUGGGUAGGAGGGGUCAUGUCACAAGAAAUGCAACCCCCUAAGCUUCUCUGGCUAAAAGAGAAUCUAAAGGAAAGCUGUUGGGACAAAGCUGCUCACUUUUUUGAUCUGCCAGACUACUUGUCCUGGAAAGCUACAGGCUCCAUAACAAGAUCAUUAUGUACUCUAGUUUGUAAAUGGACAUACUGCCCACCAGAUGGAUGGGAUUCCAGUUUUUGGACUAGCAUUGGACUGGAGGAUCUUCUAGAAAAUAAUUUCUCCAAAAUAGGCAGCAUGACAUGUCCUCCAGGAAGUCCGUUGGCAGAAGGCCUGACUCCAGAGGCUGCAGCAGAUUUGGGUUUGAACCCAGCAACAGCAGUUGGUGCUUCACUUAUUGAUGCUCAUGCUGGAGGCUUAGGUGUUAUAGGUGCUGAUGUGCAAGGCUUCAACUUACCCGGCGAGGGUCUGCCAAUCACAUCACGCAUGGCAGUGAUCUGCGGGACGUCCACUUGUCACAUGGCGGUCAGCGAGCGGCCUCUGUUUGUGCCUGGAGUGUGGGGACCCUACCUGUCCGCCAUGGUGCCAGGCUUGUGGCUCAACGAGGGAGGACAAAGUGCCACAGGAAGGCUGAUUGACCACAUUGUGGAGGGCCACGCUGCCUACACUCAGCUACAAGAACAGGUUAACCAGAGAGUUCCCGUUAUAGGCACGAACAUCUACACGUAUCUGAACAGUCACGUGGCUCUGAUGGCCAACUCACAUUCUGCUGUGGACCUGCUGGGAUCCAGCCUUCAUGUGUGGCCGGACUUUCACGGGAACAGAUCGCCGCUCGCUGACCCCGCUUUGAAGGGAAUGGUGAUUGGACUGUCUCUUUCUCAAACCUUGGAUGAUUUGGCCCUGCUGUAUUUGGGUACAGUUCAAGCUCUCGCUCUAGGUACUCGUCACAUUCUGGAGGCCAUGAAAGAAGCAGGACAUGACAUCGGAACCCUCUUUCUGUGUGGCGGCUUGAGCAAAAACCCUCUGUUUGUACAGAUCCAGGCCAAUGCUACCGGUCUGCCUGUGGUGUUGCCGAAUCAGACUGAGGCUGUUUUAGUGGGAGCAGCAGUCCUGGGCGCGUGCGCGUCCCGGGACUGCAGAUCCAUACAGGAGGCCAUGGAGAACAUGGCUAAAGUGGGGAGAGUUGUUCAGCCCGACCAGGAGCUACAGAGCUUCUAUGAGAGGAAGUACAAGGUGUUCCUGCAGCUGUUCUCCCACCAGAGGGAGUACCAGGCCCUCAUGAAGCACUAAAGAGACAAGUGAACACACAGGGGAAAGUGGAACAGUCUUAACCUUGCAGCUCUUCUUAAAGUGAAUAAUUUCACACGGAAAACAAAGAAAAACCACUUCCCGAGGCUAAGGCUGAGCAUUCAUCAUGUGGUUUUAGUUCAUUCUGUAACGGCUCAACUACACAGGAUAUCAAC